CUUUCUUUUAACUAUUUCUUAGCUUUCUGUGGAUAAGCAGCAAUGGCUUUAUCAGAGGACUUAGAUAUAAAUGAAGAUGGUGUAAAGUUGUCGACAUCUCAAAAGAGAAGGUUACGACGUAAGAAACUUCGGGAUGCUCGUAAUGAACAUUUAAAAAAAAGAUAUAAUACCAUACAAGUUCCACAACCAUCUAAUUUCGUUACCACAUUGUCUGCAAUACCACCAGAACUUCUGGAAGGAGCAUUAUCUAAUGUCAGUCUGAAUGGAAUAGGCAAUGUAAGCAGAGAUCUUGCAUACAUUUGUCAAGUAGAUAGUUUUAUUGCUAAUUUAGAAAGCGAAAUGUCAUCUAACGAUAUGAGUAUGAAAUCUAAAGAAGAAGUAUUAGCUGCAAGAGAAGCAAAGAAAUUGAGUAAACAAAAGGCAAAGAAAAAAGAUGAAAAUCAACAAAAUAUUAAAGUCACUGACAGUAAGCCAGCUAAUGAAAAAGGUAAAGCAGAACCGGAAGGUGCUACAGAUUUGUCUAAAAGCAAGCCUGAAACAAAAUCUGUAAACAAAGAUCAAAAAGUAAGUUCUGAAAAAACAAUAACAAAAAAAUUACCUAAAGGUAAAGAUGAAGUUGACAGAGCUGUUAAAGAAGUAACCAUCAGUUUAGAAAAAACAGAACUUAAAGCAAAAGAUUCUUCAAAAGACAAUGUUAUUACAGAACCUGAGCUAAAUGUUAAGAAAAAUGAAACAGAAAAUGUACAGACAAAAGAACAAAUAAGAGCUGAAAGGGCUGCAAAAAAAGCCGCUAAACAAGCUAAAAAGAAAGGAGGAGAUAAUAUUGAAAAGGAUAUUAAUAAAAAUUCUUUAGUAUCUAAUCAAGUACCUCUAGGUAAUGAAAUAACUAAUGUCGGGGAACUAAAUGCUGAUCAAGAGAACAAUUCAGAUGGUUUAACAGUUGGAGAAGUUGUAAAAACAUUAAAAGACAUUGUAAAUGUUGCUAAAGAAUUUCAAGCUGUUACAGAUAAAGUCAAAGCUAUAGAUUUAACUGGAAACAAGAGCAAAGCGGAGUUAAGAGCUGAAAGAAGAGCAAAGCAGGAGGCACAGAGAGCUGCCAAGCAAGCACAACAGAAGCCAGCAGAAAAGUCAGCUGACUCAGAGGAAAAGGAGGUCAAAAAACAGAAUGUUCCUGCAAAGCUGAAGACUGCUGAAAAGGCUAAAACAAAAACACAAAUGAUGCACAGAGCUAACUGGUUCCAACAUUUGUAUACUGAACAUGAUAAAGAGGCUUUAAAGAAAAUUGCACUCAAUUCCAAUCUACACCCGGCAGUGAUAAAGCUGGGAGUUCAAUUGGCGUCGCAAGUUGUGACAGGCUCCAACGCGAGGUGUAUAGCGCUGUUAAAUGCACUAAAAAAGAUGGUGAGGGACUACACGCUGCCAGCUAAGACGGAGUUCGCACGAGGCCUGGAGUCACACCUGGCAGCCAGCCUGGACUUCCUGUGGGCCAUGCGCCAGCCCUCCGCCUCGCAGACCAACGCUGUCAAACAUUUUCGACGUCAGCUCAUGCAACUGCCCAACAAUUUGGAUGAAUUUCACGCAAAGAAGAGUCUAGAGGAAGAUAUCGACAGAUACAUAAGAGAGCAGAUCGAUAUGGCGGGAGAGGCUAUCAGCAUCGCCGUGCGCAACAAGAUAUCUCACGGAGAUAAUAUUAUGACCUAUGGAUGUUCAUCGUUGAUCGAGCGCAUUCUGUGCGAGGCGUGGGAGAGCGGGGUGCGGUUCCGUGCGGUGGUGGUGGGUGACCGCGUGCGACGUGGCGCGCGCGAGAUGCUGCGCCGCCUCGCCGCCUGCGGCCUGCCCUGCACAUACGCAGACAUCUCCGCUGUCAGCUUCCUCAUGCGGAAUAUAAGCAAGGUGGUGAUGGGUGCUGGGGCGCUGCUGGCGAGCGGGUCGGUGCUGGGUCCGCUGGGCAGCGCGCAGGUUGCGCUGGCGGCGCGCGGCCGCAACGUGCCCGUGCUCGUCGCCUGCGAGACGCACAAGUUCUCUGAACGCGUGCAGACUGACGCCUUCGUAUACAACGAGAUAGGUGAUCCUGAUGACUUGAUCGACAAGACGGAUGAGAACUCACCGCUCAAGGACUGGAGAUCGAAUCCCAAUCUGACGCUGCUGAAUCUGACGUAUGACGUGACUCCGCCGAGCCUCGUCACCGCUGUGGUGACAGAGCUGGCCAUACUGCCCUGCACCAGUGCUCCUGUUGUCUUGAGAAUCAAACCUUCAGAGUACAGCCCGCUUGGUUAGAAACUGUAUUUUGACUGUAGUUACACUUGUAAUGAUUAUGCCAUCUGUUUUUGAAAGAAAAUGAAAGUUCUAGGGUUAUAUAGUCGAACCUGGAUGAGUAAGAAACCUUUAUAAGCAAAUCAUUGUCCCAAACUACGAACUUCAUUAGCGAAAAAAUCUGGUUAAAGAGAGAUUGCUAUAGGCGAGAAAAAUAUAGCUAUCCAUUGGACUCUCCCUUAUCCAGGUUCAACUGUAUUUAUGUUAGCUUUGUUUGUUAUAAAUUGUAUAAAGCUUAUAAAUUGAUUAUAAAAAAAAGGUUGUGUAAAUGACUUUAUAUGUACUUUAACUCUUUGUUUGUAAAAGUAUUGAUGGUUUUUAACCAUUUAUAUUUAUUCUGCUGCAGGAAACUGUCAAAUUAUUUUCAUUAUUGAAUACAUUUUUAGAGCAAUUGGUAAUCUAAUAAUUUAUAAGUUUCAGUGUAAGAUGGUAAUGUUGCGAAAAUUAUUUUUGAAAAAUAUAAAUAGCUUGAACCCGAUUUUUUUCACAAUUUUAAGUUCUUUUGAAAGAAGUAGUUAUCAAUGUAAACAUGUUAAUAACAUUAAAUAAGCCGGACAUACAGAUUUAGAAAAUAAUAUAUAAAUAAUUAUUGUAAACUUAAUAUUGUAAUUCAUAGUUUUUUAAACCACUGCCAUUGUGUAAAUAGCAAACGGUAUCACUUUCCUCUGAAUAUAUUGUGCUCAAAGAAUUUUUUUUUAUUAUUUAAAUAUAAAUUGUCUCAAUCUACUCAGCAUUGCCAACUCUUGAAAUAAAGUUGUUUUGAAUUUUA